CUCCUCCGCACCAGCUCUACGUUACGUCCUACCGACUCCCUCGCAGACCAGCUCCCUCCCUACUUAAACCAUCCAACUCAACCAAUCCCCGUCUCAGUCCUUCAUCACCCGACCUACACACCCACCCACCGAGAUCCUACCUCAGGACCGACUCACCAUGCGCCGCAGAAUCACCUUCGUCCAACCCCCCGACUCCCCCUUCGACCUGGACCAGGCCGUCUUAUCCCGAAAAGAGCUUUCAGUUCGUCAGUUGGUUGCUGCGCGCGAGGAGAGGGUUACGUUGGGGAUUGAGGAGGUGUCGGAUGAGAUCCAAGAUGUCCUAAAACAAUCUCACCAGUUGCAUGUUCGCUGGGCGAGUGAGAGGUCGGUGGAUACCCUGGCGCCGUUCUCGAGUCGUGUGGCGGCUGGGUUGCAUGUUUUGUUUACGCCGAGGGAGGGGGGGUCGGAGACACCCUCGCUAUGUGCUUUGCUAAAGGAUGUGUUCGAUGAUGGGCUGAAGUGUUCGAGUCCUGAGACUUCAUUCAUCACGCCCCCCAUCCUCUCGACGCGGUUCGCAUCUACCGCUGCGUAUCAAUACCACGCAUUGCUUCCCUCGCUUGAUACCCUCGUCUCGUAUAUCCAGAACAAAGUCUGUGCUGCGUCAGGAUCUGAGGAGUGUCUCCGCCACGCUGCGUCUUUGGCCUCCGCCGACUCGCUGGAUAUCAACUACGAUAGUAUCUCGCAUGCGCUGACGCUAACGGGGUACUGGGCUCGUUCUCCGAGCGGAGGCUGGACGGAGAAGAUCCAGAAACAGGCUGCCGGGGCUGGGCAGGUUGAGGUUGGGUUUCUGGGCACGGAGAAAGCGCUCGAGCCGGAGGAGAUUAAAAUGGGUGGGCUGUUGGGUGUUGUUGGGUCGGAUGAUCAAUUGAAACCCACCCUGUUCUCAUUUCCGUCGCGUCAUCAUUCCCUCCCUAGCGAGGCGACUUAUUCCGUCUCGUUCCCUGCCCCGACGGGAUUGCAUCCGACGAUGACCAUCUCCAUUCCUCGCUCUGGGCUGGAACCCCCGCCGGCCCCGGCGGACGCGACCUGCGCACUGCACACAUACCUGACGCUGUCGUCGACGAUCUUCGGCGAUAAGUACCAGCUCGCGACCACGGACCGGCUGUUCCUGGACUCUCAUCACCUGAAAACGCUGCGUGCCGUGGCGGGAGAAACGGACCUCGAGGCUCCGGAUUGGUCUGUGGCGCGCUGGGGUUCGAACUGGUUGCUUGAGCUGGCGACUCCGGACCAGGACCAAGCGGACCAAACGCAAGGGGACUGGAACGUGACGAUCCCGCUGCAUCUGCGAUACCUGCCGCCGUCGGAAUCCGGAUACCGAACGGCUGCGGUGCCGUGGCCCGUCGUCUUCUGGGCCUGUACCACGGAGGAAGGCACCAAGAUGGGCACCAACCCAUUCGACCGGGUGAACUUGGGCUGGGACGGCUUGUUUGGCCCUCGCACCAUGUUCUACCAGCUUAACCCUAGCCACAAGCAAGAACGACUAGUCGAGGAUCUGGAUGUUCCCGUUCUCCAGUUGAAAGAAGAUGGGUUCUUCCAGGGCAAGACAAUCGAGCUGGGUACCGUUGUCAUCGUCACUCUGGGUUUGCUCUGGGUGCUCUGGAAGCUAGGCUUGGUCGUCCGCUCUUCUGGGACCGGAUCUCAGGGACGAUCGAGAGCCGAUCGGCAGAAGAAGGCCCAGUGAUGAAUUUCACUUGUUUUUGCAU